GAGCCUUCCUCCUCGACUUUCCCCCCGUCCAGACACGCUCUGUUAGUCUGCCCAGCAUGUAGCGUCAGUGGGACUCAUUUAAUGUUCUAAGGGACUCAAUAGGAAGCAGAGAGAGAAGAUUAAUGUGGGUCGUGUAAGAAAAAACAGCCACAGUUCCAGUUUUCUUUUUUGCGCGCAUCGGAGAGAUGGGAGCGCUGCGCCCGGAGCGGAGCGCUCUGCCGCGGCUUUGCCUCCUCCUCCCGAUCCUCCUGCUGGGUUUCUCCGUGUCCCCAUCCGCGACCUGGGACCUGGUUCUCCUUCACACCAACGACGUGCACGCUCGGGUGGAGGAGACCGGCGAGUACUCCGGGAAAUGCGGCGGAAACAGCAGCGAGUGUUUCGCCGGCGUGGCACGCAGAGCGACGGAGAUCAAGCGGAUCCGCAGCACCGAGAGCAACGUGCUGCUGCUGGACGCCGGGGACCAGUUCCAGGGGACCGUGUGGUUCAACUACUACAAGGGAGCCGAGGCGGCACACUUCAUGAACAAACUGCGUUAUGAUGCCAUGGUUUUUGGAAACCACGAGUUCGACAACGGAGUGGAGGGACUCAUGAAGCCGUUCCUGGAGGAGAUCCAGUGUCCUGUCCUCAGCGCCAACAUCAAACCAGACCGAACUCUGGCCCCGACCUUUGGCAACUCUUUUUUACCUUAUAAGAUCCUCACGGUGGGGGGCGAGAAGGUCGGCGUGGUGGGAUACACGUCCCGGGAAACGCCGGCUCUGUCCAAACCUGGACCACACCUGCACUUUGAGAAUGAGGUGACGGCCCUGCAGCGGGAGGUGGACAAGCUGCAGAUGCUUGGAGUGAAUAAGAUCAUCGCUCUGGGGCACUCAGGCUUCACCGUGGACCAGGAGAUCGCCAAGAAGGUCCGCGGAGUUGACGUGGUCAUCGGUGGACACAGCAACACGUUCCUCUAUACAGGAUCCCCUCCUUCUUCUGAAGUCCGUGCAGGUGAUUACCCGUUCAUGGUGAGCUCAGACGACGGGCGGGAGGUUCCUGUCGUGCAGGCCUACGCCUUUGGAAAAUAUCUGGGUUAUCUUAAGGUGACCUUUGACGAUUCUGGGAACGUGCAGACGGCCACAGGAAACCCCAUUCUGCUGGAUGGGAAGAUCCCACAGGAUCCGGACGUUCUUGCCGACGUGGAGGAAUGGAAAAAGAAUCUGGCCAACUUCUCGGCUCAGACGGUGGGAAAGACUCUGGUCUUCCUGAACGGGACCACUGAGGAGUGUCGCUUUCGGGAGUGCAACCUGGGAAACCUGAUCUGUGAUGCCAUGGUCGACAACAACAUCCGGUCCGCAGACGCUGUACAGUGGAACCACGUCAGCGCCUGCAUCUUCAACGGAGGGGGCGUCCGCACGUCUGUGGACGAACACACCAGAAACGGCUUGAUCACCAUGGAGGACCUGAUCUCCGUCUUACCUUUCGGGGGGACCUUCGACCUGGUGCAGCUGAAAGGCUCCACGCUGUUUAAAGCCUUCGAACACUCAGUGAGACGCUACGGCCAGAGCAGCGGAGAGUUCCUCCAAGUGUCCGGAUUUCAUGUCGAGUUUGACUUGUCCAAACCCGAGGGGCAUCGGGUGAAGAGUCUCAGCAUCCUCUGCACAAAGUGUCGAGUUCCUCGCUACGAACCGGUCCAGGAUGAGACGGUUUACAGCGUGGUGCUGCCGUCCUUCCUCGUGACGGGCGGAGACGAAUUCUCCAUGAUCCGAGACGAGAAGCUCAAACACGACAGCGGGGAUUUGGACAUUUCGGUCGUGUCGAGCUACAUCGCGAAAAAGAAGAUAGUUUAUACGCCUGUCGAAGGACGCGUCAAGGUCUACAACUCGGCUUCUGGACGAAACGCUCCGCUGGUUUUACUGGUUUUACUGGGACUGCUGUGGACUCUGUGUGGGGACAUGUAGGGCUGACUUUACCCAGAAACAUAAGAGGACAGAAAAAGGGUUUUAACCAAACUGCACGUGAACAUGAAGAACUAACAAAGGACAAUUCUUUUUUUAAAAGAAAAGAUAAACCCCAACUCCGUGUUAGGGAUGCACCGAUCCGACUUUUUCAGUCCCGAUACCGAUGCCAGGGCUUUGUGUAUCUGUCGAUACCCGAUACCGAUCUGAUACCGUUGUUGAAUUAAUAAUACACUGUACCCCUUACACCUUAUAACUUCCUUCCACCCUGUGGAAGAGACUAAAGGCACCAGACUUUCCUAACUAAACAUUCAUUUCCUAACUAAGACAAAAUAACAUAGAUGGAAUGUAUUGAAUUCUUAUUUAUUUGUACACUCAACUCUUCCAGCAUGCGACACACGUGCGACACAGAGGGAACAAAAAAUAACUGGAUCGGCCCGUGGAUCUGUUCAUUUUUCCGAUCCCCGAUCCAGCAAUUUUGUCAAUAUCGGGACCGAUAUCCAAUCUUAAUAUCGAAUCGGUGCACCCCUACUCCGUGUGGACAAGUUUGGCCGAAACAGCCGAAACCACAGCCAAGGCAACUUAACCUUCCAAGGUCUAAGGGCAUUUUGACAUAUGUUUUUGUUUGGAUAUAACUGAUCCCUGUGUGUUUUAUAUAAAAAUGUUUGGAACUAAUUCAGCUUUCUGUAUAGUGACGGCCAAAUUUGUCCCAGAGUGAUGUGUAAAGGGAUAAUUUGGCGCUAAAGUGGAAGUAUUUCUUAAAUCUUAUGUGAAAACAUACCUACAAUCACUUGUUUUGGUGCUUGAAAUGAGUGUACAAAAGUCUUGGGUUCACAAAAGUAGCAUAUAUAUAUAUAUAU